AUGGAUUUCCUUCUUAUUGGUCUCUGUUUAAACUGGUUGCUGUGGAAGCCCCCAGGGUUGAUAUUGUGUACACUGGGUGUCUUUUUAAAAAUGCUUCCAGCCGUGAAUAGUGGGUGUCCACAGCUAUGUCGGUGUGAGGGCAGGCUUUUGUACUGUGAGUCAUUGAAUCUUACAGAGAUGCCUCGCAACCUGUCGGGCAUGAUGGGCUUGUCUCUGCGGUACAACAGCCUUUCAGAGCUGCAUGAUGGACAGUUCACAGGGUUAAUGCAGCUCACGUGGCUCUAUCUGGAUCACAAUCACAUUUGCUCAGUGGAGGGGAAUGCCUUUCAAAAAUUGCGGAGAGUUAAAGAACUCACUCUGAGUUCCAACAAAAUCACUCAACUGCCCAAUGCUACUUUCCGACCUAUGCCAAACUUGCGUAGUGUGGAUUUAUCAUACAAUAACCUGCAGUCUUUGGAACCAGAUCUGUUUCAUGGGCUGAGAAAGCUAACAACUUUGCACAUGCGGUCAAACGCCAUCAAGUUUGUGCCAGUGAGAAUUUUUCAGGACUGUCGCAGCCUGAAGUUUCUAGACAUAGGAUACAAUCAGUUGAAAAGCCUGGCUCGAAACUCUUUUGCAGGCUUGUUUAAACUCACUGAACUACACCUCGAGCACAAUGAUUUGGUGAAGGUGAAUUUAGCUCAUUUUCCAAGGCUCAUUUCACUGCAUUCUCUCUGCCUACGAAGGAAUAAAGUCACUAUUGUAGUCAAUUCCUUGGACUGGAUAUGGAAAUUGGAAAAAAUGGAUCUCUCUGGCAACGAGAUUGAAUACAUUGAACCUCAUGUUUUCGAAAGUGUACCUCACCUCCAAUCACUGCAGCUGGAUUCCAACCAGCUAACCUACAUUGAUCCAAGAAUCCUCAACUCCUGGAAAUCACUCACUAGCAUCAGCCUUUCUGCAAACAUCUGGGAUUGCAGCCGUAAUGUUUGCGCCUUGGCCUCCUGGCUAAGUAACUUUAAGGGUCGCUAUGACAGCAAUCUGCUCUGUGCCACCCCUGAAUAUGCACAGGGGGAGGAUGUUUUAGAUGCAGUGUAUGCUUUUCACUUAUGCGAAGAUGCAGAAGACCCAACAAGUGUUAACAUGCUAUCAGCAGUAACAAACAACAGCGACCAAAUGUUCACUUAUAGCCCUGCCACAAUAAUAUAUGAUGUGCAGGAUACUGAAGGAGAAAGAACAACAAAUGCCAUAACCGUAACUAUCCCCAAUGAAAACACUGAGAAUGCUGUUCAGAUUCACAAGGUGGUGACAGGGACCAUGGCACUGAUUUUCUCUUUCCUCAUAGUGGUUUUAGUGUUGUAUGUCUCCUGGAAGUGUUUUCCAGCCAGCCUAAGGCAACUCAGACAGUGCUUUGUGACACAGCGCAGAAAGCAGAAGCAGAAACAAACCAUGCAUCAAAUGGCUGCCAUGUCAGCCCAGGAGUAUUACGUUGAUUACAAACCCAACCACAUUGAAGGAGCCCUGGUGAUCAUUAAUGAAUAUGGAUCUUGUUCCUGUCACCAGCAGCCAGCAAGGGAAUGUGAGGUGUGAUUUUCUGUGGGAAUUUAAACAGUGUGCAACCAAAUAACAAUGGGCAGACAGUUGGAUGGGGGUUUAUUGUGCUUUUCUGAUGAUUUCUGAUGCACUUCUUUGCUGAAAUUGUAAGAGGAUCUGUCUAAAAGACUUGAUAUGUUAGCUUUAUUGUGUCUUAAAAUCUUCAGGACAGUCAGUCCUAACAUUUCAUAUGAUAAUAUUCCCUUUGAAGAUCUGACAAUAUUCAGGAAUCUGAGAGUGUA